GUUUCUGCAAAUGGUAUUUCUUCCUAUCAGCAGAACAUUUCUGUACAAUCUUUGGGAUGUUAAUGAUUUUUUUCCUGCACUAUAAAUUUUACCUCUCAGCAUUUGCUUUAAGCUGAAAAGGGGAUCAAUGCUGGAAUUCUCACAGCACCAAAGAAAAAGUUUUUUGGGAUGUCAGCCUACUUUUGGUUUGAGGGAAUACCUUUCUCUGCUAUAUUGUAUAAAAAAGAAAUUAUUGAAGAAAGCCUUGAUAAGUUUGUGAUCAGAGAUGAAGACUCGGUCAUAGUGAGUUAUCCUAAAUCAGGAACUAACUGGCUGAUUGAGACUAUCUGCUUAAUUCAGACCAAGGGAAAUCCCAAAUGGAUCCAAUCUGUGCCUAUCUGGGAUCGCUCACCCUGGAUAGAGACUAAAAGGGGAUUUCCAAUAUUGAUCAAUAAGGAAGGACCACGCCUCAUGUCCUCCCACCUCCCUUUCCAUCUUUUCCCCAAGUCUUUCUUCAGAUCCAAGGCCAAGGUGAUCUAUGUCAUCAGAAAUCCCAGAUAUAUUCUUGUGUCUGGAUAUUUUUUCCUGCGUAACACAAACCUUAUUGAUAAUCCAGAGUCACUAGGAACUUACAUUGAAUGGUUCCUCAAAGGAAAUGUGCCAUAUGGAUCAUGGUUUGAGCACACCCGUGACUGGCUGUCUAUGAGGAAAAAUGACAACUUCCUGUUACUCAGCUAUGAAGAAAUGAAAAAGAAUACAAGGGGAACCAUAGAGAAGAUCUGUGACUUCCUAGGAAAGAAACUGGAGCCAGAUGAGCUAGAUCUGGUACUCAAGUACAGCUCCUUCCAAGCCAUGAAAGAAAACAAAAUGUCUAAUUAUAGUCUUGUCUGAGAAGUUGUGAUUACUAAAGGUUUGGUCCUCACGAGAAAAGUCAGCCUCCAACCUACAUGUGAGGAUAAGGUCAUAAGACUCUAAGGACAUCAGGAAUAUAUAGAGAGAUGAGAAAGUUAAAGUCAUUAGUGUAUUGCAUUUAAUUUAGUACUCCUAGUAUCCUAAGAAGAGGAAAUUAUACUCAGAUUUGGGCACACAAAAAUGCCAACUCAAGAAAAUGAUAAUCUAUACACUAAGGACUGAUGCCUAUGGGAGGGUCUACUGCCAUUGACCCAUAACCUCAGACUCCUGUACUCCAGACUGUAUGGAGAGAGUUCUCUGUACAAGAACUGAAGUACUCAAGUAAGAAAAGAAAUAGCCCAUUAUUGGUUUUCCUGUAAUGAAUAAUAAUUCUGCAGACAUAAAAGGGUAUGUGUAUAAAAAUAGCUUCAAUGAAAUGCCAAAACAAAAAGGUGGCUUAUUUAAUAGUGAAAGGCUACUGAAACUAACAAAACCUUUAUCUGAGACACACUGGAGCAGAUGAAAUAGAAUUUGAAACAAAAUUACAUGAGGAAAACUGUAAUUUCCUCUUUUCCAGGUAUGUUUUUCCAAAAUGAGACCACAUUGGGAUUUUAGUUUAAUCUCUUCUAAAACAUAGUAUUUUCAUGUAUUAUAUUUUUAGGAGGAAAAUAUAUAUUAGUUAUUUCAAAAAAAUGAAUAUGGCUCUAAAAUCAGAUGUGUUUUAAUUAUCAUAGUGAUCAUAUAAGACACCCAUUUCUUUUGCAUUUGAAGAUAACUUUUAUUCUGAGGAAUUGUUUUCCUUGUAUUAAACUCACUAUAAGCCAUGAAUCCCACAGGAAACCAGGUCAAUGAAGGGGGAGACAAACUUCAUUACACCCCUCACCCUGAUUCAUGACUCCAGUAUAGAAGUUGCUGAGAUGCAUAUGUUGGGAAACAUUUUGGAAAGAAUAAGAUGAAUGAGGAAAAUGUUGAUCUUCUUAAUUCCUGCAUUCAAUUGAUUCCUUUUUAAAUAUGGAAAGUAUGAGCAGAUCAAAGGUUAAUUCUAAAAUUUGUUUCAUUACUUACCAUUAGAUAACUAAUCCUUAAACCAUAACGCAUGAAAAGUUUUGUUAAAUGUUAUACUAGCUUUGACCAAGAUGAAUUCUCUCAAUUUAUUUUUGUUGUCCUUUAGUUGCUUUUCUGAGGAUACCAGAGAGAUACAUUUCCUUGCCUCUAGAGAGAUACUCUGAAGAGCUGCUCUUUACAUAGGAGAUUCACUUACCUGGCUAGAUGGGAUUAAUUUAGUUUAAAGCUCCAAUGAAAAAAUUUCCACAAAUAAUUUUGGUCAUUAUGAUUCAAUAUUUAGAUAUUUCAGGAAAUACAGACCAGAGAGAUGUUCUGUUUACUUGACAUACAUUUUAUAAAGACAUUGUCACAAUCAAGACACAUGGGAGGAAAUGUCUUCUGACAAACAUCUAAGGUUUUAACCCUCAUUAGUUCACAGUAGAUAUUUAUUAGACAGAGUAAUUGAGCCAGUAAUCAUUUUCUCUGGUGUAACAAAGAAGGUAUUAAGAGAAACAGAGGGAAGAAGACCUAUGGAGAAGCCCACUAUGUGUAGGCCAAAAAAUCCAGGAGGGUAUGGACAAAAACAUUUUAUGAGACCUGUAGCCUCUGAAACUAAGAGGAAGUUCCUUUCCAACAGGAGUUAAGCCACUAUGCAUUAAGGUUUUACUGACCAUGUACACAUCGGAGUUUGAGGAGGUUUUUAGAAAGAAGCACUGAAGAAAAAUAUUUGCAUGAAAGGUACACAAGAUUUUGAGAUGUUUGGACUGAGAACUUCAUGUGUACACCUCCACAAACAGUAUUCUCUCAUCUGGACUGAUUCAUUCCAUUUGGCAGACAUAUUGAAUUUUCUGAGAUUCUGGUAGCUCAGCAUCCAGUCUGGCUUAUGAGGAUCAAGAUUGCUGUGGGAUACAAUAACACAUCUUGUUCCAAUAAUGAGUAUUAUAAUGAAGCUGAAAGUAGCAAUGGGCAUUGAUAGAUUCCAGUAUUAAUAGAUGACACUCUUAUAGAUAUGGCAAGUAAUGGUAUAUUAUUUGACUAUUGUGUAUCAAAAAUUUUAUUUCUUUUAAUGUGUACCACUGGGCAUUUAAAGUUAACUUAUGUGAUACACAAAGAUUGUAUUUUAGUAAGGAAAUAACAUGACUUCUGUUGUCAGUCUUUUUGGCUUCAAAUCUACAUGCAUCACUAUACUGCUGGUAAGAUCUCCUGGACUAAUUUUUCUUCAUCAGCAAAAUGACAAGAAGGCUGUAAUCUUCCUUACUCAUUCACUAAUCUUUUCAAUAAUUCCAUAUUGAGAAUGUUUUUGUAUGUCUGAUACACUUUGAUAAAUGAAGCCUUUGAUAAUUUAAGAAAUAUUUUACUCUUCAAACAUAUUAGAUGCAUAUUUCAAGCAUGUUUAAAAAGAGAAAAUUCAUCAAAGUAUCACAGCUAUGAAAUAAAAUACAGAAAGGAUAGGGCCUGUAUAAUUCUACAUGGAAAGAAGAUAGGAAGAGAUGUUCACCAUCACACAAAUAAGGAAACAGACAAACAAGAAGUGACUUGUGGAACACAUCAGCACUUCAUGGAUAAGGAACACAUAAUACAAUGUGAGAAUUUGGACUAUUAGAGAUAUCUACGUCCAAGCCUAAAGACCUCCUAGAAUGUGGUUAUGAGAACCAAGGUAUGGU